UAGUCCGGCCAGAUAUCUGUUAGCAGGACAGAUAUUAGGGGCUGGUCUUGGUUAAUUUUUGACCAAACUGUCAGCUGACUCUCAGAGCUCCUGUAUAUAGUGUGGAAGUUUCUGACAAACUCUCUGCAGCAAAGAAGACAUUAAAGGACAGGCUGUAAAGAUGCGUGGGAUCUUUGCUCGUUGUGCGCUCGGAGCGCUGCUGCUGGCUGCAGCCUGGGCAGACCACCACCACCACCACCAUGGCACUGAACACAGCCAUGAGGGAGAAAACCCCUGCCACAAGCUGUCCUCUCCCAAUGCUGACUUCGGCUUUUCCCUCUACAAAAGUCUGAAUGCCAACGCUGCAGCUGGAAAGAACAUCUUCUACUCGCCGCUUGGCAUCUCCACCGCCCUGUCCAUGCUGUCUACAGGAGCCAGUGGUGAAACCCACAGCCAGCUGUUCUCCAGCUUGGGCUACAGUGCUCACAACCAGGCACAGGUCAAUGAAGCGUACGAGCAUCUUUUCGACAUGCUUGGUCACAGCCAGCAGAAUCAGCAGCUGGAUGUCGGUAAUGGCGUGGCCCUGCGCUCUGGCUUCAAUCCUCUAGAGAAGUUCCUGAAGGAUAUCAAGCACUACUACUCUGGUGAGAUCUUCAACGUCGACUUUACCAAACCUGCUGAGGCUGCAGCUGAGAUCAACACAUUCAUAGCCAGAAAAACCCAGGACAAGAUCAAAGACCAGGUGAAGGACCUGGACCCUGCAAUGGCCAUGGUGCUGAUCAAUUAUGUCUACUUCAGAGGACAGUGGGAGAAACCCUUCAAUGGUAACCUGACACACAAGGCGGACUUCCAUGUAGACGAAACCACCGAUGUUCAAGUGGACAUGAUGAAGAAGAUGGGUCGCUAUGACUUCUAUCAGGACAAUGACAACCACACCACUGUCAUCUUGCUGCCCUACAAGGGCAACACCUCCAUGAUGAUCGUCCUGCCUGAUGAAGGCAAGAUGACAGAGGUGGAGGGCUACAUCAACAAGGACUACAUCAGGCACUGGCAUGACUCACUCUUCAGGACUUCUGUGCAUCUGUUCCUGCCAAAAUUUUCCAUCACUGCUGAUGCUUCACUGGACAGCACCCUGAAAGAAAUGGGCAUUACUGACGCUUUUUCAGACAAUGCUGAUUUCUCUGGCAUUUCUGACGAGGUCAAGCUCAAAGUCUCAAAGGUGUCCCACCAGGCCGUGCUGAGCGUGGAUGAAACAGGAACAGAGGCAGCAGCCGCCACCACCUUGGAGAUCAUGCCCAUGAGUAUGCCUGAAACCAUGAAACUCAACAGACCCUUCUUGGUCUUCAUCUUGGAGCACUCGACUAGAAGCAUCCUCUUCAUGGGAAAGAUCAACAACCCCACGGCCAUGUAAAGAUGCUAGGGAAAUGAGUGUUACAUUUGUUACAUUUUCACACUGCAGUAGGUUACAGUAGCUUGAGGACAUUGGCUCAUUUUUACCUCAGCAUCUGAAAGGCCUAUAGAUAUGUCACAGUGAUAUUAAGAGCAUUGCGGGAAUGAUGAAUAGAGGAUAGUUUGAUGAAUAAGACCACAGAUAUAUCAUCAAGUAACAGAAAUCUUAGUCCAUUAAUCUGCUUGCAGUCUGCAUCUGGCUAGGUGUAUGAAUGUCUAAAUACGUCAUUAUAUAUUGUAUCCAGCUGACUGUUGUGUUUGAUAGAAACAUUAGUAGAUAUGUCACUUGAAGCAUCUGCUAACAUACUGAGCCAACGUGUUAUUGUGCUAUUGCUGUUUCAACAUGGUUCAACAUAAAGCAAAAUAAAAACUUGUCAUGAA